UAAAUAAGUGCAUUAAAAUUGAAAUAAUCCUUAACACCAUGUUGAUCUCCAACAUCUACCUCAACAAAUAGAAUUUCUCAAUGGACAUUGACAGCUUAGUAAUGGCGGAAACCGUGAAAGAAGAGCUGGAGGAAUCCGAGCAAAGCGAAAAUCAGUUCGUAUGGGAUGAAAGUUCUCAGCUUUACUACCACGCCCGCACUGGAUUUUAUCACGAUCCUCAAGCAGGCUGGUACUACAGCUGUAAAGAUGGCCUAUAUUACAAAUUCGAAAAUGGUACUUAUGUUCUCAUGGAGUAUUCUCAGGUUGCUUCUCCUGAAAAGAAUAGUUGCGUUGCGCCUGCGGAGUCUAACAAAGAUGAGAUAAAUGCAGACAUCAGUGAAAAUGUGGCUCAAACAGUGGAACCACUUUCUGUUGAGUUCUCUGAAGAGCAGUUGGAGGAUACCGAUUGCAAGCUUCCAGAAAAUCCACCACCACCCUCAGAGUGGCUUGAAGAUACUCUCAUUGAACUUUAUCUGGCAAAUUAUUCCAGUCAAGCUGCCAAUAAUACUCCUGACAUGACAGUGGCUCCAGAAACAAAUGAAACAGAUAACUCAUAUUUAUCCGCGCCUGGGAAUGGUAUCAUAUAUGAACUCGAGGAAGGUGAAUGGAUACCAGAUGACUGGACAGAUUCAUCUGAUCCAAAUGUAGAUGUCAUGGAUGAAGGCAUUUGUUUGGAGGAAGAAAACUGGCGAGCCCAGUAUGGUCAAGUUGAACGACCAUUUGAAGAUUCUCUAUCACAUAUUCAGGCUGUUGAUUUGUGGGACUGGUCAGUGGUUAAAAAGAUCAGAAAAGGUCGAAAAAGAAGGGUGGCCAGGCUGGUUGGACGACUGGUGAAGCCCAAUGCUAAGUUGCAUCCAUCAAUGCCCUCGAGUGGCCAUCUUCUUAAAACUGCUCCAGUAUGUGAAGUCCAUCUUGAUCUGGUACGAGUUACAUCAGGUCAGGUGUAUAGGUUGAGAAAUCCUAGCACACAAUAUUUGGCUUCUUUGUCCAAUUAUGAUUCUUCCAAUCCAACGAAAAAUUGGCGCUUUCCACAAAUGUCAAUCAGCAGAGAAAUCCAGACAUGCUCACCAGUCACUGAAAGAUAUAAACCCAUAAGCACAGGGUUACCGGGUGAGGAGGAUGUGUCUCUGCCGUUAGAGAGCAGUGCUGCUGAAACGGACAGAGACCAUGUGUACAGGGACAGAGCUGCAGAAAGAAGAGCAUUGCAUGGUGGGUUUGGUGUAGGUCCAGGGCAAAAAAAUUCACCUAACUGUGAUGAUUCUGUUCCUUUGGAUACAUCUGCUGUUCCAGAGGAAGCUCUUUCUGAAUCCUUGAGCAAUUCAUUUGGAGCUGGUAGCUAUGCCAGAAGAAUUUUGGAAAACAUGGGCUGGAAGGAGGGGGAGGCACUUGGCCGCAGCAACAAUGGUUUGAUCGAACCAUUACAGGCCACAGGAAACAAAGGUUCUGCAGGGUUAGGGUGGAACGAUGAAAGAAGAAAGCAGUUGAUGUACAGUUCUAAAUAAAUGAGCGAUGUAAUUCCUUAUUGGCUGUCUGGUAGAAUGUAAUAAUCUAACUUCACUUGUCUGCUCAAUCAGCUUAGUUUACUAUUUGUUGCCGUUUUA